AAACAGAAAAAUUAGAAGAGAAAAUCAAAACGCAACAAUUUGUAACAUAACAUCCACUCUCUCCCUAUCCUUCUUUUCUUCUCUCUCUCUCUCUCUCUCUCUGUUUCCAUUUUUCACAUUCUCUCUCGUUUCAAUGUCUCCUGCUUCCAUUUCUGACCCUCCUCUCUCCUCCAAGAAGAAGAGGACAAAUGGCUCAGCGAAACUGAAGCAAAUCAAGCUUGAUGUUAGGCGUGAACAAUGGCUUUCUAGAGUCAAAAAGGGAUGCAACGUCGAUGCAAAUGGAAGGGUUGAUAGUUGUCCAUCAUCUAAGCACAUCGCCGGCGAGGAGAAUCAAUCAUCGUACAAGGAAAACAGGAGAAGGAAAGGAAGAGAGGAUGGUACGUGCAUCGAGGGAAAUGAUUCCGGAUCCAUGAUAAACAACUCGAUUCAAAAUUCUUAUCAUCACAAUGAGUCAAGGAAUAGUUUCACCGGGAGUAGCAGUAGCAGCAGCUCAAGUACUUGUUACUCAAGUAAUCUCAGCGAGGAAGAUGGAUGCCUUGACGAUUGGGAGGCCGUUGCCGAUGCUUUAUACGCAAACGACAAUAAGCAUUCCAUGGUUUCAGAGUCUCCUAUAGAACACGAUACGCAGUCUUACAUUGAUUCACAAGCUGCUAAGAAUCCUAAAAUGAAUCUGUCAAAAAAAGAGUCUGAAUCCCAUCCAACCUGUCGAGCAUGGAAACCCGAUGACACUCUUCGUCCGAGGUGUUUGCCCGACCUCUCAAAGCCACAUAGAUCUACGUUAAAUUCGAACUGUCACGGUAACCACCAAAUCGUACCUUGGACAUGGCAAACAAUCAUAUCACAACCUAGUCAGUGUCCUAUAUGUUACGAGGAUUUAGAUUUGACGGACUCCGAGUUUCUUCCUUGUUCGUGUGGAUUUCAUCUCUGUCUCUUUUGUCAUAAAAAGAUCCUCGAAGCCGACGGACGGUGUCCUGGCUGCAGAAAACUAUAUGAUCAUGUAGAUGGGAAUGUUGGAUUCAAUAUAAGAGGAGCCAAUGCUUUUUACAUAACUCAAUCAUGCAGUAUGAGUACAGGGUGUGCUAGGUCUUAAGAAGAAAGAUUGUGUUUCUCUUGAAAUAAUAAUCAUGUAAAUGUUUUCUUCUCUCUCUUAUGACUUCAUCUAAAACACCCUCCCUUAAUCUUGCUCUUUCUUUGAUAAGUAUUUGCAUUACUAUGGUUUUUUUAGUCAUAUGUUAAUGCAGGAAACUGAAUGUUGUUAUUGUACAUACAGAAAUAAUUUAUCUUUGGAGAUUGAAAUUUGAAUAAAAAAUUUCUAAAUCA